AUUCGUUCAGUUCAUAUCUACUGUGAAGCUGAAGUGUAACAAGUGUAAGAUUAUACGAUGACAUCAAACAUUAUUGAUACAUUCAAUGAUAGCACAAUUUUAAUCACUGGGUGUACAGGAUUUUUAGGUAAAUUGUUAACAGAAAAAUUAUUGACAUCAUGUCCUAAAAUAAAAAAUAUUGUUGUGAUUAUAAGAAAUAAUAAGAACUUAAGUGCAGAAGAAAGAGCAGUUAAAAUCUUCAAUGGAACAGUGUUUGAUCGACUUCGAAAAAAAAAUCCUGACUUUACGAGAAAUAUAAAAAUUUUUUAUGGUGAUUUACAAUUGGAAUCAUUGAAUUUAUCGUCAAAUGAUCUCGAUUGGAUAGUUAAUAAUACUAAUUUUAUUUUUCAUUGUGCUGCUACAUUAAAAUUUGAUGAAAAUAUUAAAAAAGCAACUGAAAUUAACGUUGGAGGAACAGAACAGCUGUUAAAAAUUGCUACUCAAAUGAAAAAUUUAAAAGGAUUUAUUCAUGUAUCCACAGCAUAUUCUCAUUGCACGAGACAAAAUAUUGGUGAAAAAUUUUAUCCUACAGAAAUGACAGCACAAGAAUUAAUGACUCACGUAAAAAUUAACGAUCAAGAUCCAACAGCACUUAAUUGUUGGCCGAACACUUACACGUUUACAAAAGCUAUAACUGAAAAUUUAGUGUUAAAUUACAGUAAAACUAUACCUAUUGGAAUUUUUCGACCAUCGAUUGUUGGGAGCUCCUACAAAGAACCUCUUCCUGGGUACUUAGAAAAUAUGAAUGGUCCAUCGGGUAUUGUAGCAGGAAUUGUAACAGGUUUUCUUAGGGCUAUUCCGUGCAAAUUAAAUAAUAUGGUCGAUAUAGUACCGGCAGAUUACACAAUAAACGCAUUGAUAACAUCCAUGUGGGAUACAGCAACCAGGUAUCAAAACACUGCCAAUGAAGAACCAAAAAUAUAUAAUUAUGUUUCUUCUUGUGAAAGCCCAUUAACAUGGGCUAGUUUUAUGUGUUCAAUAAGACCAAUCUACAAGUUAACCCCCCCAUUGUGUGCUGUAUGGUACGGAUCAACUUUUACUUACACCAACGUUUGGUUAGGCGAGUUUUUAUGGUUAAUCUUACAUUGGAUACCUGGAAUUAUAUUUGAUUUUAUGAUUUUAUUGACUGGAAAAAAUGCGAGAUUCUGCAAACAAUAUAAAAAAGCACGAAAAAUGAUGAAUGUAUUACGACCAUUUAGUACAGCAGAAUGGAAUUUCAAAAAUAAUAAUAUACAAAAACUUUGGUCUUCUUUAAGUAAAAAGGAUCAAGAGUUAUUCUCCUUCAAUAUGCAAAAUUUCAAUUGGGAUUCCUAUAUAUCAACAUUUUAUUUAGGAAUAAGAAGUAAUAUAUUACAUGAAAAUAAAGACAAUAUCCCAGAUGCAAUAAAAAAGCACAAAAGAUUAUACUGGUUACAUAAAUUUUUUACGUUGUUUAUGGUUUAUGUUCUAUUUAAACUGAUGAUUGUACUUUUCAGUAUUGUAUGAUUACAAUUUUGACAAUCAAUGAAUAUUAUUAUCCCUUAAGUAGUAAUAAAUAUAUUUAUUUAAAUUUUAUAUUCUUAAUUACAUAAUAUAAUGAUAUAAUUUUUUAGA